AUGAAACUCAUCAUCGCCGGCUCAACAGGUUUCGUCGCCACAGAAAUCAUCAAACAAGCCCUUUCCAACCCAGACGUCACAUCCAUUAUAGCACUUGCUCGUCGCGAAAUAUCUGUACCCCAAAUCCUGGAUGAUAAUGCUGAUAUCACCAAAAUCAAAGCUGUCACUUGUGAUGAUUUUUCAAAUUAUUCGGAGAGUGCGAGGAGGGAACUUGAGGGUACUGAUGCUUGUAUUUGGCUCAUAGCAAUAACUCCCUCUAAAAUGAAAGAUUCAGCAUUAGAUGAAGCGAGAAAAUCUGUGUUUAUCUAUGUUAGUGGACAUAAAAGUGAGAGAGAUCAGAGUAGACAGUCUUGGGUUAUGGGGCAUUAUCUUUUGAUGCGGGGCGAAGCUGAAUCUCGUGUCAUCGAGUUUGCUCAAGUCUCAAAUGGAAUGGUGGAAGUAUGUAUAGCGAAACCGGGACUGAUAGAUGGACCGGAUCAUCGGCAAGGGUGGGUGGGUAGUGUGUUAUCGACAAUUGGGAGAAGUCUGAUUGGGCUUCCGAAAGUGGACGUUGGCCAGAUUGCGGCGACUUUGUUGGAACAGGCAGUCAAGGGGAUUGAGAAAGAGACUUUGUCGAAUGAGGAUUUAGUUAGGAUUGGGGAUAAGGUGCUGAGUGGUUAG